UGGUUUGCAUAAUAACCACGCCCUCCCUCAACAGUAACGCCCUCUCGAACUUCCUGUUUAUAUAGCGAUAAUCCAGUCGUUGUUAUCAAGUCGAUACUUUAAUUAUUAAUUAAAUCAAGCACUCAUUCACCUUGACCAGACGCUCUUUUUUGUCGUCGUAAGCUUCUUAAUGGAUACCGGUACGAAGUUUCUCCUUUGAACCGUGAUGAGGUACUUUUCGCAACGCAGUCAAAACUGGUCCUGACUGGUUCUGCACAUCAGACACAAAAUAAGAUCAAACUGCAAUUCAAAUGGAAUGACUGGAUCGACAAGGGAUUUGUCAUUUUAAAGAUUAAAAUUCUUUAUACACGCAGAAGUGGUGCUGUUUAUUGGCAGAAAUUAUUUUCACAGAAUUAUUUCCAGGACGUUGUUCGAGAAGCAUACAUUCCCCCGAGGAAAGCGAGCAGGCAAGUCGGCAGACAAAACCGCAAUAAUACUCCGUUAAUACACGUAGGGGAUGAACAAUAACAAAGUGAGCACGACUAGGCAUGUACCAGUGAUGAACUCGCUAUAGAUUACCUACCUGGAUUGUGAACCUUGCACCCGGGAACUGUACUGGAUUUGUAAUAUCGUACUCGUGUUCAGUAAUCCGGCAGAGUCGAAAGGCAUUUCUGUAUGGACAAUAUCGCCGGGUUGUUAAAGGUAUUUUGAGAACUCUCAGUAAAACCGUCUUAAUAUACAGAAUGUUUACCCUUACAGAAGUCGCUUCUCUCAAUGAUAUACAACCAACAUACCGGAUUUUAAAACCAUGGUGGGAUGUGUUUAUGGACUACUUGGCUGUUGUCAUGCUUAUGGUGGCCAUCUUUGCAGGCACAAUGCAAUUAACCAAAGACCAAGUAGUUUGCCUUCCAGUUUUGCAAGAACCAAAAGUGAAAACCAGUGCGUUGAACAGUUCUCCAAGUAUGCACACAACACCAUGGGCAGCAGAAUCUACUGAUCAUUCUGUGCAACAUGGAAGCCUUGCUAAAGAGGUGACUUUAGGAACCGUACCACCAACUACAGCAGAUAACGUAGCCCAUGAGAUUCAGUACACCCAAACACCAAGCCCUGCAGUUAAAAUAUCUGAGCCAGAACCUACAGGACGCAAAACCAACUUAGAUUAUCAGCAAUAUGUUUUUGUUAACCAGAUGUGCUAUCAUGUGGCCCUGCCUUGGUACUCCAAGUACUUUCCUUAUCUUGCUCUGAUUCACACAAUUGUCCUCAUGGUCAGCAGCAACUUCUGGUUCAAGUAUCCAAAGACGAGUUCAAAGAUCGAGCAUUUUGUUUCUAUUUUGGGGAAGUGUUUUGAGUCCCCUUGGACCACAAAAGCUCUCUCUGAAACGGCCUGCGAAGAUUCAGAAGAGAACAAGCAGCGGCUCACCGGUGCGACUUCUUUACCAAAGCACGUGUCGACCAGCAGUGACGAAGGGAGUCCAGGUCAGACAACCCCAAUGCUGACAAAAACAGGCGUGAGAUUUUCUGCAGAAAAACCCGUUAUCGAGGUUCCUUGCAUGACUAUUUUGGAUAAGAAAGAUGGCGAACAGGCCAAGGCGCUUUUUGAGAAGGUCAGGAAGUUCCGUGCCCAUGUUGAGGACAGUGACUUCAUAUAUAAAUUGUAUGUUGUUCAGACCGUGAUCAAAACGGUCAAGUUCAUUUUGAUUUUGUGCUAUACCUUAAACUUUGUAGCUGCAAUCAAUUUCAACCACACAUGUGAGCCAAAUGUAGAGCAUCUAACAGGCUACUCCAAAUUUCACUGCACUCACAACAUGGCAUUUAUGUUAAGAAAGCUGCUCGUCAGCUACAUUGCCCUCAUUUGUGUCUACGGCCUUGUCUGUUUGUAUACCCUGUUUUGGUUAUUUAGGCGCCCUUUGAAGGAAUACUCCUUUGAGAAAGUACGAGAAGAAAGCAGCUUUAGUGACAUUCCGGACGUUAAGAAUGAUUUUGCAUUCCUUUUGCACAUGGUGGAUCAAUAUGAUCAGUUGUAUUCCAAACGGUUUGGGGUUUUUCUGUCCGAGGUCAGUGAGAACAAGCUUCGUGCGAUUAGCCUGAACCAUGAGUGGGCCUAUGAGAAGCUGCGACAGCAUGUAACACGGAAUGCCCAAGACAAGCUGGAGCUUCACCUCUUCAUGCUGUCUGGGGUCCCUGAUGCAGUGUUUGACCUCACUGACCUGGACAUCUUAAAGCUGGAACUAAUACCUGAAGCCAAGCUUACUGCUAAGAUUUCUCAAAUGACCAGCCUUCAGGAACUGCAUUUUUACCACUGUCCUGCCAAGGUGGAGCAGACGGCUUUCAGCUUUCUCCGUGACCACCUGCGGUGCCUUCAUGUCAAGUUUACAGACAUUGCUGAAAUUCCAACCUGGGUCUAUUUGCUUAAAAACCUGAGGGAACUGUACUUGGUAGGUAAUCUGAAUUCUGAGAACAACAAGAUGAUAGCCUUGGAGUCUCUCAGAGAUUUGAGACAUCUGAAGAUCUUGCACCUCAAGAGUAAUCUCACCAAGAUUCCAACAAACAUCACUGACCUGUCCCCACAUUUAACCAAACUAGUCGUACACAACGAUGGAACCAAACUUGUAGUACUGAACAGCUUAAAGAAGAUGAUGAAUUUGGCUGAACUGGAGCUGCACAACUGUGAACUUGAGAGAAUUCCUCAUGCCAUAUUCAGCUUAACUAAUUUGCAAGAGCUGGACCUGAAAUCAAAUAACAUUCGCACAAUUGAAGAAAUCAUUAGCUUGCAGCACCUCAAGCGGCUAACCUGUCUUAAACUGUGGCACAACAAAAUUAUCACCAUUCCUUUAUCGAUAAGCCAUGUCAAGAACCUUGAAUGGCUGUACCUUUCUAACAACAAACUAGAAUCUCUGCCAACAUCGAUCUUCCUACUCCAGAAGCUCCGAUAUUUAGAUGUAAGUUACAACAACAUUGCGGUGAUUCCCAACGAAAUUGUCUCCCUGCAUGACCUGCAGCAUUUUGCCAUUACAGGAAACAAAGUGGAAAUCUUGCCAAAACCGCUUUUUAAAUGCACAAAGAUAAGGACAUUAUUCCUGGGGCAGAACUGCAUCACCGCAAUUCCAGAUGAAAUAGGCCAGUUGCUGCAGCUUACUCAUCUCGAACUAAAGGGAAACUGCUUGGAUCGCCUCCCAUCACAACUAGGUCUCUGUCGUCUUCUCAAGAAAAAUGGUCUUACUGUAGAGGACCACCUUUUUGACACCCUGCCCCUGGAGGUGAAGGAAAUUAUCAAUCUCGAGUCUACUGCCCCCUUCGCUGGUGUGUAAUUUUACAGAAGCCAAACAAACUCUACAAUUAUAUUUUUAUGUAUCCCAAACAUGUAAGUGCACUAUUGUGAUGAUGACCCCUUUUAACGUGAAGGGAGAGUUCACAUCCAUAUUCUGCUGGUCAGGUUUCGAUGGGAACUACAGCUGUGGUUGAUGGCAGACGCUCACUUUCCGUAAUCAUUUGUUUAUAGAACAGAUUGUUCUUAACAAACCGAUUUGAGGUGAGCUUCUGAUUUAACAAUGAGACACCAAAGUGUAUGAGAGAGAAAUAAAAAAAAAAAAAAAAAAAAACACGCUUGUCAAGCACAAAAUGUCAUUCUGCUAUUAUUUUAGUAUGAUAACAUUGGGUUAUGAAAACUUUUACUUUUAGUCUUUAGUUGCUAGAUCACCCCCAACACCUAUUGACUUGGUGCAGAGCACCCCCAAAGAAACUUAAUAAAAUGUGCAUCGGUAACUUAAUACAGGAGUGCUUAUAAAGUUUUGCAGUGGCAGGAUGUCGGUUUGUAAUGCUGCUGGUGUACAGGGCACUGAUGGCUGUGAGUGUGCUGUGUAUAUAUACUCCUCAUAUUUACCAUGUUUAACUUUAGGGCUGCAACGAAGGGUACAUUUUGCCCUUCGAAGGUUCAAACCUUCAAUGGUACUCAUUUGCAUAAUUUAUUGGUGACGUCACCAUACUAGUUUAUAUGUGAUUGAAAAUCCUAUUUUAUAGGUAAUCCAUUUUAAUGGAAUAAAACAUUCACAUGUAGUUUAAAAAUACGUUAUAUAGGACAAUAAUCAUGUUUUUUUAUAAUUUAAAUAAAAAUACAUGUUUAUUUAGACGUAACUGAGCCUGCUUGUGAUCUAUACAAUAAGCUUGCAUUGCACCAGCACCAACUGCAGUGGACAAAGCUUUAUUUAACAGUUACCAUUCCAAGCAGGUUAUCAGUUACAUUUUACUACUACUAAAAAUAUUAAUAAUACUACUACUAAUAAUAAUAUGAACUUACGCUUGUCAAGUGACCCCAGAGAUCGGUCAUGACUCCAUGAUGAUCCGAGUCGCACGUACAUUUUGCAUUCAACUUUUUUUUGGUCGUCUGGGCAUUUAACAAAAAAAUCCCAAACAGCAGAGGGGUUUCAAGGCAUUUCUUUCAAUACAGCUUACGCCUUACCCACACUACAACACUUUGCUGUGGAGACUGCCAAUGAAGAAAUUAAAGGUUUGCUUCUGGAAAACACGAGCUGGAGCGGGGAGGGUGGACGGUGCUCAGUUUUGAAAUUAAAAUUAUUAGUGUUAGCGUAUAUUUAGUAUAUUUCAAACAUAUUCUACCAUAGCACUUCUCUUACAUGGUCUUGUACACUAGGUAUUCAGUACAUAUACUGAAGCAAUACAGCCUAGAGGUAUGAGCCCACUGCUAUAGAUACUUUAUACCCUGCUCCAUACUCUGCAGCGGCACCAUGUAGAGUUGCUACGUAACGAUUUGGUAACGUUAUUUUAAGAACAACUUUUGUUUACGUAAUAUGUAUUAUACAAAUCAAAAGAUCAAAUUUUGCAUCUGAGUGACAUUUAAUGUGUGAUUUAUAGUAUUCACACAUUGUCAAACAGUUUCUGUUAACAGAAAAACAAACAAACAAAAACAUACAGUGCGUGAACUCGUCUGAUGAACCUUCAAAGGUUUAAAAAAAUCUUCGAAUCCCUUCGGACACAGCCCUAUUUAACUUAUAUCUGCAGUUUCAUGUGCGAAGCUGCUACACACAGUUUCAAAACAGCUUCUGGUAUAGCUUUUUGUGUGCUCCAAGAUCAUUCAAAGUAAAGGGCUAGUCACACUUAUAGCAUUUAUUCGCUGUGUUUUUUAUGCCCGACGUUUAGCUGCUAUUUUGGCAUUAAGACUUGCGCGUCAAGUACCACAGGCAAGAUAGGGUAACGUCACUAUAGCAGUGCAGAAUAUCUUGCUUUUCAAGGCACCAUGAACAGCUCUUAGGGUCUGACCAGGAACAAUUUGAAGUAAUCUUAAGUAAGCUUUUUAUGUGCUAAUUAAUAAAGCAAUCACUAAGCCAGUACAUUCUCAAGAGUAAUACGGGUGUUGUUGCUCGUUUUAUAAUUGUUACGUGAGCUGUAUUGGAAUAGAGGUGAAUGGUAAGAAGCAAGGUUGUAGCUGAAACCUUUUACAGGAGCAACAAAGACGUUGCAAAUACAAAAGCUAUGAAGACCACAGGAGGAUCCUCCAUCAGAUCAAAGUUGAUUUGAGAACAAAUGGUCUGCAUUUGAAAUUGAAAGCAAGUGUUUUUUUGUGUGUUUUUCAGUAUAAUAAUGAUAUUUACACAACAAAACUGUAAUAUAUAGAUAGAUAGAUAGAUAGAUAUAGGAUCAUAUGAUGAGAAUGUACCACUGUGGCUUGCAAAAGGUGGUUGUAAACCCAGUUAGUUCAGUCUUCCACUGUAGAACACUGUGUUCUAUCCUAUGAGGAAUACAUACAGGCCAACAUGAAAUUAAAUUGUAGUAGUACUAAAUUAGAAUGAGCAUUUCAGUACAUAGUAGACCUCAAAUUGAUUUCUAAUGUAUUUAUCUUUGUGUACACAAAAAAGGGCUGCUAAUUAAGUGUGCCUAAUUCAAGAAACAGCAUGGUCUGUUGUUACAUGUUGCUGCAUGUAUUGCCAGUAAAGCUUGUGAGAGAAUUGUGAUGGUCCCAAGAUACAAGUUAGGCCUGUUUUACCAAAUCACUCUGUACACAGUACGGAAAUAGCGACAGAUUUUAAGCUCAAAAUGUGCUUUUUUUUACUAACAUUUGCUAAAAUAACACAAUGGCUAUACUAUUUCGCUCAGAACCUUUCCUCGGUCUAAAGUUCUGAUGCUGAUAUAGCUGUGCAGUUCUAAACCACUGGUUUCCUGUUGGAAGCAAAGGUAACUUGUUUCGAUAAUGAAACAAUUAGUGAAAUAAUGGAGCUAGUAAACAACAAAUGUAUACUGUGGGUUAAUGACAUUUUCACAACUUAAAAUUAUGCCAUAGUUAAAAAAUCAAAAAGUGGAUUUCAUAUGGUUAUUUCACAGUGGGUAAAAACAAAAAAUAGAGUUCUAAUACAUUUCACAACUUAAAAUUAUGCCAUAGUUAAAAAAAUCAAAAAGUGGAUUUCAUAUGGUUAUUUCACAGUGGGUAAAAACAAAAAAUAGAGUUCUAAUACAUUUCUUAUAAAAUUUCAGAAUGUUUGCACCCCUUCAGCCUUUUAAAGCUUUUAUAUCCUGGUACUGAUCUAGUUAUUUUCAGAAAAGAUGGUGCAACAGCCAUGUGCAUGCACACAGCAUCCCUUACAUUAUCAGAUGUCGUUUUUACAAUGGAAGCUGAAUAAAUAGUACCUUAAAAGCCAUUCAUCUUUGGAAGGCCUUGAUAGGCCCUAGAUUAAAACCCUCAACCCAAAGUCAGACUUUACUUGCACUUUAUUUAUCUGACAGUGUAUUUUGAAUGGGGGAAAUAAAAACAGUUGCUUAGGUAUUGUAUUGAAAAUGUAGAAUGCUAAAUGUUGUUGUUUUUUAAAAUCUGUUUUUGUAUUUUGUAAUGUCUUUGUCUGACUCUUUCUGUUCACAGACCAAUAAUAAACUAGAAAGCACCCUAUUGUUGUGGAACCAAAUCCUAUCCUGGGUACACAGCUCCUUCACUCUCAACUCUAAGAGUUUAGACAUUAUAACAAUUGCACAGGGUAUUCGGGGAGCUUAAACUAUGAAAAUAUGUUGCUCUGGUUUUAUGACUAUUUUUUAUGUUUAAGGGGGUCACUUCCUGUCCCUCUGGAGAAUUACUUUUCCAAACCCACACACCAUUAACAGUUUGCAAGAAAUAAACGGUUCACUAAUGAAAAUCCAACAAACAUUAUGUCCCUGCAUAAAACAAACCAAAACAAAGGUACCAGUUUAAUUAUUGUAACCUAGUUUGUUUCUGUUUUUAUAUAGUUGCAGUAAACUAAAAGAAACUUCUCCUGACAAACAUAUCAACUAAAAGUCUUUGUCAAUGCCCUCAAAGACUUUUGCAAAGUUUAUUUUGUUUUAUUACUACACAUUCUACCAUUGAGUGUGUUUUAUAGCUUUGGGUGGUUUGUUUCUAUUUUGUCAAGUAUUAACCAAAACAAAAUACCAGAAGCUGUGCAUAUUUUGGAGCAAAGUAUUAAAGCAGGAUAAGGCUAAUUGUGAUGUUUGCUAUUUUACAAAUUUUUUAUAGUUAGUCAAAUAUUAUGCUGCUGUCUACUUUGUUGUUGUUGUUGCUUUUUGCAUCUGUUAAUAGUUUAUCGCCAGUGGGAGAAUUGAGGGUCACGUUUUAGUGUAGAAUGCAUGGUACCUCAUUUACUGCCAACUUCAUUUUUUGUAACUUGCCUUUUAAAAUGUGACACCUCCAACCAAUCUGCACAAUAAAGCCUGGUUCACAUAACCAAAAAUAUUUGAUGAAAACAAUUUGGAUAACUGAUUCUCCACUAGGACGUGCACAUAAAAUCCAACAUGUUAUUCCAAUGUGUUCGUCUACAAUGUUGGACAGCAUUCCUUGUGUAUUGAGCUUUAUGUUACAAUUAUGUGAAAACUCCCAAAUCCUUUCUUAAUUUGAUGUAACAAUGUAAUUGUAUGAUACUUAAAGAAAACCCUGCCUGAAUUGUUUUGAUUGAUGUGCAUGAUAGCACAAUUCCAGUGAAACUUUGCAUGCGGUAGCUGUCAGAAUGAAACAUGUUUCAAACAGGGACAUGAGGGUGUUUCCCAUCACAAUAAUGACCAAUACAUUUCUCAAAUUUACUGCUGCAUUUUUUUGGGUUUUUUUUUUUAAAUAGUGUUGAUGCUUACACUAAAAUUGCAAACGUUUUCGAGGUUCUUCUUGGAAUAAAAAAUAAAUAAAAUGAAAUAAAAAUGAA